AUGACAUAUCAUAAUGUAUUUCAUGGCAAUUCUCCAAUAGCUGAUAGACCACUUAAUAAUAAAGUGAAAAAAUCUUCCGAUAAUCAUUUAUUAUCUAGAUCGCCUUUUUCACCACCUCAAUAUCUUCGUAUUGAAUGUACAGCUGAAGAAAAACAUUUAACAAGUAAUAUAUUAUCGACGCCAUUUACGUUAAAUUCUCUUAUUCAACCAAUUAAAUUUACUCUUUACGAUAAACUAAAACCGAUCAAUUAUAAAUCAGAAAUAGUUAUACACAAUAAUCCGGAAACAAAUUUACAUAUUAAAGUUUUACGUGUUGCAUUUCCUAAUGGUGGUCGUAGUCAAUCGGUGAAUCGGUCAUCAUAUUGUUAUCGCGAACAAAGUUCACUAAACGAUUUGUCUUCUUCAAAAAUGUUGCAAGAUGAUAAAAAAACGACAAAACGACGAUCACUCGUUUUACCCUGGUCAUCUCGUUCACGAUCAGAAGUCACACUUCAUCAAUGGAUUGAUAACAUUUCUAAUAAUGAAGCAUUGAUGUACGAUGAUGAUAUUGUGUUUUUUUUGAAAAGUGGUGAAUUUUAUGUUCGAAUAUAA